AAACAAAGAAGAAAUCGUUAAUCGAUAUCAAAAGGCUUAAAAAGAAAAACAAAAGGAUUUUAAAUGUUUCUGUUCAUCAGCCGUCCCACGCGGACGCUGGGCAACCGGAUGCAGGCGGUUCGCGAGCGCCUGGGCCCGGAUUUGGCCGACCAGCUGGACGCACUGCAUCGGAAUGUGAUGCGCACGGGGCUGGUGUCCACGCAGGAGCUGGAGGAGGCGUUCCGCAAGACGCGCGACAGGGACCACAACCAGAACCGCCUGAAUCUGCUCUGGCUGCUGGGCAUCGUCUUCUUCAUCUUGGUGGCCACGCCGGUCUUCUACGAGACCAUCUCGUUCCUGCUCGGCGUGCGCUGCUUCCUGCCCAACAACUACCUCGUCUGGGAGGCCACGCGGCCCAUCAGCGACUGUGAGUUUUGCAAGGGAGUUCGCGGUCCGCUUAUCCUGGCCAAUCUCACCAUGGAGGAGUUCGCCCCGCACGCCUACUCCUCGCUGCCCAUCAUCGUGAAGCGGGCGGUGGCCCACUGGCCAGCCCAGAAGGAGCUCAGCUUCGCCUACAUCAAGGAGCUGUACGAGAGUGUCCCGGGCGCCAUGGACUCGGACUGCCAGUUCCUGCACUUUAACUCUGAUCUCAAGACGCUCAAGGAUGUGCUCGCCAUGUCCACGGAGCGCUCGAAUCUCAGCCAGGGAGUGCCCUGGUUCGUCGGCUGGAGUGUCUGUCAGCCGGCUGUCCUGGCGGAGCUGAGGAAGCUGUAUCCCCGCCCGCAUUUCCUGCCCGUCGAUGCCGAAAUGCCGCACACGGACUUUAUUUUGAUGGGCUACGAGCAGGGAGCCGUGAUGCAUUUGGACUACAUUCCCCGCCUGAUGUGGCAGGCCCAGUUGAGGGGCAACAAGAGCUGGUUUUUGGCCCCCGCCCCCGAGUGCGACCACCAGUGCCAGCCCUUCUCCUUCUACGUGGAGCCCGGGGACGCCGUUCUGGUGGACACGCGCAUCUGGUACCAUGCCAACACCAUUCCCAAGGGCCAGUUUUCGCUCACUGUCCAGUCGGAGUAUGGAUGACUGAGAAUUGAAUAAAGCCUGAUCUAUUAGUUAAGCUA